UUUGCUAUUUGUCCGUCAUCAUGGCUUCUGGACUGUCCCGAUGCCUGACGAAAAGGACUGGCGGCUGGCGACUGCCUUGCCCCAUCGCCGUGUUCCGGGUCCGCUCCAGGUUGGGAAGCUCCUCUUCUGCACCGGGGGUCCUCUCCACCUUCCAGGACAAACCUCGGACUGUGAAGGACCUGCCACAUGUCAGCUUCUUGGAGAUGAUCUACAGAAUAGGGUUCCAGGGUUUCUACAAUCGUUUGCACGAGUUACAGAUCUAUGAGAAGCAGCGCUAUGGGCCCAUAUACCGAGACGGAAUGAGGUCGGUGUCCGUGAACACCCCACAGCUGCUGGAGGAAGUCAUGAGGAACGAUGACAAGUUCCCCUGUCGAGGAGACAUGUCGCUGUGGAGAGACUAUCGGGACAUGAGAGGAUUUGGCUACGGGCCUUUCACGGUGGAGAACGAGCAGUGGCACAACCUGAGGGCGACGCUGAACAAGCGAAUGCUGCACCCGAAGGACUCUGCACAGUACGGUGGUGCUAUCAAUGAUGUGGUUACAGACUUCAUCAAGAGGAUCCACUGUCUGCGGCAGAGCAGCCCGACAGGAGAUCUGGUGACCGACGUGGCCAAUGAGCUCCAUCACUUCUCACUGGAGGGUAUUGCUUCCAUUCUGUUUGAGACCAGGCUUGGGAGUCUGGAAAAGGAAAUUCCCGCAGGUACACAAGACUUCAUCAACGCCAUAGGUGAGAUGUUCAGCAACAGCGUGCCUGUAAUGGUAACGCCCAAGUGGAGCCGCAACCUGCUGCCCUACUGGAAACGCUACAUCGCCGGCUGGGAGGGCAUCUUCACUUUUGCUAAAGGUCUGAUUGAUAAGAAGAUGGAGGACAUUCAGUGGCGUCUGGACAACAGACAGGAUGUGGAGGGAGAAUAUCUAACGCACCUCCUAGCCAACACUGAGAUGAGCCUGAAGGACGUGUACGGCAGCAUCACUGAGCUUCUCUUAGCAGGAGUGGACACGACGUCCAAUACCCUCACUUGGACUUUGCACCUGCUGUCCCAGGAACCCCAAAUCCAGGACAGACUUUAUGAAGAAGUGUCCACAUUCGUACCAGCGGACCGCACCCCCUCCGCCGCUGAGGUCACACGGAUGCCAUAUUUAAGGGCUGUCAUCAAGGAGGCACUGAGGAUGUACCCAGUGGUUCCUUUAAAUGGGAGGAUCAUUUCAGCAAAGAGCGUUGCGAUUGGUGGAUAUCAAUUUUCAAAGAAAACUGCUUUCGUGCUUUGUCACUACGCCAUCAGUCACGAUGAAGACACGUUCCCGGAGCCAUUCACGUUUAGGCCGGAGAGAUGGCUCCGCGAUGGCCGCCAGAUGCCACACCCCUUCGGCUCCAUCCCCUUCGGCUUCGGGGUGAGAGGCUGCGUCGGUCGGCGGAUCGCUGAGCUUGAGAUGUACAUGGUUGUUUUUCAGCUAAUCAGGCUUUUUGAAAUCAAACCCGACCCCACGAUGGGAGAGUUGAAAUGCAUCAGCCGCACCGUCCUGGUUCCAGAGCAGCAAGUGAACCUGCACUUUGUGGCCAGACGACGGGAAAACACAGCUUGAUUCGUGUUUGGUUUUAAAGCAUAUGCUGCAUCUGAGUGUUUGUAUUUGUUUUUAAGAUGAUGUAUUCUGAAAGAGACUGUAGCAGCAGGUUUUUCAAGCUUUACUUGCACAACUAAUGUGUUUAUGCUGGAGAAAAUGAGGAAUGGUGAUUGUGGAUGUACAUUAUGAGAUCUUUAAUAAACCAGGAGUAGCAUGAGAUGUAUUCAGAGUGGGUCAUAAAAGCUAAAGUGGUGUGUUUUGGGGGUAGAUUAUAUAUAAGUAUAUUUCAAGCUUUACUCUAACAAAUAUAUAUAUAUAAUACUGAGAGGAUAUAUAUAUACUGUAUAUAUCCUUGGAAACAAUGGACAAUGCAAUUUGAAAACCAAUUGAUGCUACUGAAAUGCUAACAGUAUCACAUACAUCCAUAAAUAUCAUACAACAGCAAGAUGCAUUGUUUUUUGUUAUUAAAUAAGAAUUGAGUGAUGCUGUGGUUACAUGGACAUUUAAUGUUUUAGGUUUCUUUAUAAAAUUACAUUUUGUGAUGUUAAAGAUGAAAAAUCCCAGGUUAAUGAUCUCUGUUCCACUCUAAAUGAGCUGCUGGCAUAAUUCAUGUUACUAGUCAAAAUUUGGUUAUAUAAAUGUGUUUUCAUGCAACUGAU